CUGAGCAGAUUUUGAAAGUUUGUUGGAUCAUGUUCACACGUUUGGAUGUUGUGCGUAUGUUUAUUGAACACACUUGUCCACCUGAGGAGUUAAAUCAUACUGAUGAUGGUCGUAAUGCUUUGAAAUUGUUAAAGGCAUUAGGUGAAAGUCCCGAUUUAACCUCACUACGUACUAUAGUUGUUAUUGAAAGAUUUUUGAAAGACUGUAGUGAAGAUUUGCAUAAACGAAUUGUCAAAUUUGAUGACGAAUGCGCCAUUUGCAAGAGAUCACUUCAAGAUCCUGUACAGCUACCAUGUCGUCACGUGUUUUGUUUAUCUUGCAUAACCAAUUGGCUUAACGAUCAUGACGUAUGUCCUGCAUGUAGACACGAUGUUGGCAAUGAUUUUCAAUUGCAAAUUAAUGAAACAAUAAGGCUUUCGUUGGAGUUGUGGAGAAGUUUUCGUAAUCGUUGCAAAUCCUUUUUCAUGAAUGUUGUCUCUGUUUAUUGCUUUGGUGAUGAUUUACCGCAAGAUGAACUUGUAAAAAAAUUCAUUGCUUAUGUGAUAAACGAUGAAAAAUUCACAGAAGAUUUUUCUCCUUUCGAUGGUCACAGCAUUGAUGUAACUCCAGUUAUAAGAUCAUACAUUUUACAACAACUUCUUGCAAUCAAAGGAAGGGAAAAAGAAGUUUGUACGCAUUUAGAAGAAUAUCUCUGUCGUGCUCAAGGUUUAUCUACCAACAAGGAACAUUUGAUGAACGUUUGCGUGUUGUUUGUUCAUUGUAUCGAGGAUGUUGAAAUAGGGAAAUUAUUAAAAGCAAAACAAACUGAAGGCAGUGUUGAAAUCAACAUGUUGUGCAGAAUCCUUGAUAGAACACUGAGGAAUUUUUGUACCUACAAAACCCUGAACAUUUACAGCCUUAAAGAUGUUGCUGCAAUUCGGGCUGCGUUUAGUGAACUUCCUGCAUAUUUCAAUGACGAUCUUCCGAAAACUUAA